AUGGGGCUGCAGCCGCGGCGCGCAGCGGGGCCCUGCCCGCGGGCUGGGCGGGCCGCGGCCCUCACCGGGGCCGCCUGGGCCCGCGGGGAGGAGCCGGAGGCAGCGCCCGGCCGCGCCGCGUCCCUGCCGCCCGCCCGGCCCGGCCCCGCCGCCGCCGCCGCCUCCCCGGUGGCCGUGAGGGCGCAGCCCAAGAAGCCGCCGGCGGCGAGCGCCAGGAAGGCGGCGGCGAGGCCGGCCGAGGAGAAGAAGGCGCGGGGGGCGCCCCCGGAGCGGGCGGGCGCCGCGGCCGGCUCCUGGCCUUGCCCCUCCGGGCAGCGGCGGCCGGCGGCGGAGCGGGAGCGGGGGGCGCGGCCCCAGCCCCAGCCCCAGCCCCAGCCGCGGCCGGUGGCGGCGGGUCCCGGCGGCCGGCCCUGCGAGAAGAGCCCCGGCGGGGCGGCGGCGCUGCGGCUGUCGCUGAGCCUGCCGCCAGAGGCCGUGCGGCGGCACCGCUACGACGACGAGGAGUACGAGGAGGACGACGAGGGGGCGGCGGCGGUGGACGAGGGGCUGGUGCGGAAAUGCACCGAGUGGCUGCGCGGCGUGGAGAGCGCGGCCGGCCGCGACCGCGGGGACCGGCUGGACAGCCUGCCGCACCUCGGCGCCCUCUGA